GUCUGAGAUUUCGGUUACCCGUCUUACACCCCGGAGAAAAGUUCCGUUUGGCUUCGAAAACGCAGUUCUUCCAUGAUACCAUUCCGGCUUUUGAAUAUACGACCUUAUACACGCAGACCCCUGACGAUAUGCUUCUCGCAACUGGUUGCUGAACCGCAUCAUUGACGGCGUUAGGUGAUCUUUCAGAGCUUACGGACCGGAUGCGUGAACCCCUGGCUGUUUCUUCUUCUUUUCUACUUCAUCUUUCUCCUCCCUCUCCCACUCCUCUCUUGCUUCUCCGUGGUUAUAUACCUCCUCCGGCCCGCAUCCGACCGUUCCCGGCUGGUCCAUCUGAUAGGAUUACCUCUUUCUCUUCUUCUUCUAGACGGCUUGUAUUGUAUUUGGGACAGGAGUGCUGGUGUCUGGGCGUUGCUGGUGUUUGCUUUGUGCACGUUUGCCUGUUCGCUUUCGGUCAUUGUCAUUUCUGCUGCUCCUCCCAUUCCGUGCAGGAAUGGGAGGGCCAUUGAUUCUUCAGGAUGUAUACUCAUUUCCCGUGGUGCUGAUUCCUACGGAUUGUUUUGCAGGUCUUUGC